GACGUCAUACCGGGCGACGGAAACUGAAGCCACGCUGCCGACAGGCACGGACUGGACACUGUACGAGACAAAAGGCUGCUUGUGAGCGAGGCGGGAGCGAAAACAAAUCUUAAAAGAAUCCUAUCACCGUGAGCUUGAAAGACCAAGGGGAGAAAGAAACUGUCAUUUACUGUAACGUCUGGAUGGAUAUAAAAGAGGAGACUUGUGUGGCUGACACAAAUACCAUGGAGAUAACGACUGUGAGUAUUAAGGAGGAAAAUGGUGAAUGGGAGUCUGUCCACCUUAAACAGGAGCGUCUGAGCAUUAAGGAGGAGGACUGUGAACUGGGAUCAGUGGGCAUUAAAGAAGAGGCUGAAGAGAAGGCUGUCAGCAUUGAGAUGCCCAAACCUGAAAGUAUGGAGAAUGUCAAUGAAGAUGACCUUCAUGAUGGGGUGUUGACCGGAGUAGUUACUUCUCAAAGCAGAAACUGUUCAUCCCUGGAGUCUUUUGUCGAUGUGAAGUUAGAGUCAUUACAGGCUGAUGCAAAGAGUACCAAGGAAAUUUCAUCAGUUGGAACUCUGGAAGGUCACCCACCACCUACAAAUAAGUCUGGAGAAAGAAACAAACCUCAUACCUGUUCUGACUGUGGCAAGCAAUUCUGUUACAGGAGUCACCUUCGGAAACACAUUAGAAGUCACACAGGAGAGCAGCCAUAUUGCUGUAAUGAAUGUGGAAAGCAGUUUUCACAAAGUAGCCAUCUUCAAAUCCACAAAAGAAUUCACACAGGAGAGAAACCUUAUUGCUGUUCUGAUUGUGGCAAACAGUUUUCACAAAGAAGCACUCUUAAGAGCCACAGAAGAGUGCACACAGGAGAGAAGCCAUAUUCUUGCUCUGAAUGUGGGAAACAAUUCUGUCGCCUCAGUAAUCUUAGGAACCACAAAAGCAUUCACACAGGGGAGAAGCCAUAUUGCUGUUCUGAAUGUGGCAAACGAUUUCCUCAAAUGAGCAGCCUGAAGAAACACUCUAUUGUUCAUACAGGAGAGAAGCAGUACUGCUGUUCUGAAUGUGGCAAACGAUUCUCACGCAACAGCCUUCUUCAGUGCCACAAAGUAAUUCAUACAGGGGAGAAGUCAUAUUCUUGUUCUGAAUGUGGCAAGCUAUUCUCUAACAGGAGUUGUCUUCAGAGUCAUACGAGAGUUCACACUGGAGAGAAGCCAUUUUCCUGUUCUGAAUGUGGCAAAAAGUUUUCGGAAAGGAUCGGUCUUCAUAGACACAAAAGAAUUCACACAGGAGAGAAGCCUUAUUGUUGUUCUGAAUGUGGCAGACAAUUUGCUCAAAUGAGCAGUCUUAAGAUACAUUCUACAAUUCACACAGGGGAGAAACCGUACUGUUGUUCUGAGUGUGGCAAACGAUUCUCACAAAGCAGCAAUCUUCUGGGCCACAAAAGAAUUCACACAGGAGAGAAGCCAUAUUGCUGUUCUGAAUGUGGUAAACAAUUUUUGCAAAUUGGCAGUCUUAAGAGACACAAAAGUGUUCACACAGGAGAGAAGCCAUAUUGCUGUUCUGAAUGUGGCAGACAAUAUGCUCACAUAGCCAGUCUUAAGAAACACUCCACAGUUCACGGACAUUAAGCGUAUUAAGCUCCCUUCUUAAUUACCUUGGCCAUGAAUUUAGUAUCACCUCUCACAAUGAACCUGAAUUUUAGAUAGUCACUCAUAUUUAUUGAGGAUUUGAAAUUGUACAGCUCCAGCAGUCAGAAACUGGAGAAGCAGCUAUGCUUAGUAAAACUGUUUUCAGAUGAGAUCAGGAUGACCCUUGAGCUUGAGAAAUGUGUCAAAGGUAUCUUCAUUACUAGAAAGCUAACACCCUCUGCAAAUAUCAAACUUGAUCGGGAAUCUACAAAUACCUGGGCAUGAAUGAAUAAGCAAAUAUAAAUCAUAAGCCCCUAAGACAGUUGUCAAGAAAUGUAUGAAAGAGCUUUUGGUUCUCACUUGCCACCCACCACACAAUCCAAGCUAUAAAUCAACUUGCAAUCCCUGUGAUAUCCUGCGGUUUUGGUGUAAUCAACUGGCCACAACGUGAGCCUUAUACACUAGAUACCAAAGCCAAAAAAUUGCUGCAUGCAUAUUAACUCAUUUUCAAAAAUCUAUGUUUGAAAGUAAGAAGGGGUACAGGCCUAAUUAAAAUUCAAUACACUUACAGAUCAGCAAUAAUUGGAUUACAACCUUAUGGACCCAAAUGAACUAAAAACAUUCAGCCAUGAAGUAAGAAAAUCCAAAAUAGCAUCCAUAAUCUAACUAGCUCAGCUAUUCCAAAAAAAAUGAGUAAAUGACAGAAACUCCACCUUCCUCUUGUGCAGAUGGGCACAGUACAAUGCGCUAAGUAAUUGAGGGAAGAAUUCAAACAGUGAGAUCGGCAAAAAAGAAAAAUGGGAAGACUACAAAUAUAAUGGUAAGUCUGCUCACCCACCUUCAACACCCUCAUGUGGAACCCUGAACUUACCAAUGCAUGGCUCACAAGGGACGAACUAUGACCAAACGAUGAACAUCUAAUUAUACCUGCACAAUAUAGUGGCUUGCACACAAGGUGGUUCAGGGCGUCAAUAGAAAAGAAUUGAUAACUGAAGUGGUGCCUCUGCCAAACAGAACUAGAAACAAAGUGUCCAGGCUCGUUCACCGGAAAAUCUACAAAAAAUGUAACUUACCAGUGCCAGAAAGACACUGGGACCACAUAAUGGAAAAGUGCGGAGGGGAUAGUCGCUUGAAAAAGAAAUGCCAGAAAACCAGAUAUAUUUCUUAAGGUAAAACAGUGUAAAAAAAGCCAGGAUAAAGUAGCCAUUCCUAGUUGCCACCAGUAGUAAGAAUGGAAAGGCAAAAAAAAAAAAAGACAAAGUACCAGGAAAUGCAAUCUGAGUUAUGACAAACGUGGGACAAAAUCGAGAGCUCUAAUGCACAUUGUACUGGGAUCAACAGGACUAACAAAGAGCAACUGUCAGGUCCAUCAUGACAUCCUACCAAAUACCAUAACUCCAUACAUAUUACAAAAGGAAGCCUCAUUAGGUGCAAUGCAGGUGCUAUGCCAAGCCAUUGCUACACACUUAAGGCAGUAAGAAAUGAAGCAGUACAACUGGAUUAUCCUGAAUAAAGGAUGAGGUCCAUUCCUGUCUUGAUUGUAAGCAAACCCAGAAAAUUUGGAGAAAUUAACCCUGAGAGAAGGAGGAAACCCUAAAGAAAUAAGUUGUUAAGUGAAGAAAUGGAGAAAGAAGUGAAAUGUUACCCUCCCAACUACUCAGGUCUUGAUGAGUACCUUCAUGUGGUGGGAAUCAUAUACAAAAUCCAUGCCCAGUUUCAUCAAGGUGAAACACUUUGAUUGUAUUAUCCAAAAAAGUAAUUCACAGUGGACACUCUUCUCCAGGGAUAAAAAGGUGUGCACCCUGUGCUUCAGCACUCAGGUAGGCGAUAGUGAAAGUGCAACAUCUUCAGAAGAAGAUGAGAAGAUCUUCAAUAUGGUGACAGUCCAGAAGGAACCAAUCAGACCACAAAAGUGCAACUUGAGCAACAAAUUAAGAAGACUGGGUACAGUCCAGUGGCGAUUUAAAGAUAAAGAGGAGAUCAUGUACUGCUCCUUCUAGUAAUCAAAUCUAGAAUUUCCAACUAAAUGAUAUGCCAGGAGGGCUUGAAAGAAAAUGAAAUCUGGAAAAGUAUUCUCCAUAUCAAAAUUAUGAUUAAGAUUACUGGUGCAAAUCUAAGCGCUCUGAUUGAAACAACUAAAGAAAGAAAGCAAAUAAGUCAAGAUAAAUUAGAAUACCUACAAUGAACAGAAAAAGAAGUAAUACAGAAAACAGGUGGAGAACUAGAAUAGGCAAAGACCUGGGAUGAAGAGUUGAGAGGAGACUUCAUAUUCAUCAUCACCUGCCAAACUCCGUACAGGAAAAAACAAUGGGAAGUGGACUAAUUUGGAAAGAAAUUCAAAAAUAAACACCCAAAUAUGAACUGACUCAAAAUUUGAUUAAUGCCCAGAAGGGGAAUAUCCUUAAAAGUAACCAAGUCUCAAAUAAUAGAUGCAAAUAAUAUAAAGAGAAGUCUUAAAGGAGAAAAUGACUGUGUUCAACACAAACUGCCCAAAGCAACAAUAGACGACAGCACAAGAUGUUCAGGAAGAGAGGUUAGGAGCACACGCUGAUACAGCGCAUUCCCGCACCCACCACAUGACAAACCAACUCAGGAUCUCAAAUUAGGACCCGAGUGGAGCCGUGCGACUGGUGACCCCUCCGCACCACACUAGCAAGUUUUUCCCUGCAGGUUUGGAGGGCCUAUAUGCAGGGAUGGAUGCAGAUUAAUGUCAUACCCAGGACGGAGCAAUUGCAGAUUAAGGGCCUUGCUCAAGGGCCCAACAGAGCAGAGUCCGCUUUGGCAUUUACGGGAUUCGAACCUUCCAAUUGCCAGUGCAGAUCCCUAGCCUCAGAGCCACCAACCACUCCAUUCAGGAAGAGGAGUGACCAGAAAUAGAGAAAUCAAUAGGAACAUCAGCAGAAAACUCACCCAAACUCAAACAGAAAUGAAGUAAAGCGGAUACCCCCCAAAAAAGCAGAAAAGACCCCCUCAAUAGAAGGCAAAGAAAUCCAGGAAAUGAAAGAAGAGCUCCUGGACCUAAUCCAUAUGGUCAAGUGCACUGAAAUGGAGAGAAGUUACUGAGAAUAUCGCUAAACAAUAACAUAUGCAGUGUUAUAGGGAAGGUCAACAAGGCCAUAACUGAAAUGAAGCAAAGUCGGUGGUAUGGAAUGGAUAUGACCACAGUCAUCAGGAUCAGAACAGUACAGCAGAACUCAACACUUCUAAAGUAACAGCACAGAGUCCCAAUACGGAGAUCUGGACAAAACUACAGUCUGUCAUGGAUGAAGUUAACUAAAGCAAAAUAAGGAAUCUACAUAGGGAGGGUGAGAAAUUAAGCCAAAAUACAAAUUCCCAUUAAAGGAUUGUAAUUAGUAUCGCCCAUUAAAAUAUGAAGACUGGGACUUCGCAAUGGCAAAUAACAAACUCAAAAUCCAGGCAGCAGUUAAGAAGAUACAAGUGAAAGCACAAAGAAGAGCUGCAGUACGCAAUUAUUUAGAGACAUCCCAAAGAAAUGGUUUUACAGAGUCUUAGAUUGGGGGUGAGGUCUACAUUACCAGAGAUAAAAUAAAUUGAACUAUUUUGGAGAAACAUCUGUGAGGAAGAAGACAAUAAUAUCAAAAAAAAAUAGACAAGUAACACAAACUACAGAAAGCUCAAGAAAACAAAUCAUCACUCUUGGACCUCAUCAUCACAGAUUUUAAUGAAACUUGGCAUGCUGAUUUGGUCCUGUGAGUAGCCCAUGGAACUGAAAUUGCACUGCAGAUAUUUUAUUAACAUGUUUUUACACUUGGCCAUAACCUGGUGAGGUGGUGGAGAAAAAAAAAAUAGAUGGCUUCAUAGGCUAAAAGGGUGUGGGGUGGAUGUCUAUGUUUUGUUAUAUGUAAUCAUGCACAGCUUCAAGAAAAAUCACUCAAAAUGAAGCAUCAUACCUGAGCCAUUUCAUCACAGGUUUGAAAAUAGCACAGUUGGGCGUGAAACAGCCCAUUCUGUCAGCGGCAUCGGUAAUGCCACUUCAUGAGCAAAGGACCAUUAAGCAAUGACAAAGAGUGUCUUCCAGCACAUGAAAAGUUCUUGAAUUUAACCAGGAGCAAUGACACGCAACUCCACACCGCAUCAGACAUCAUCGUUAAAAGUUUGAAAUUCUCAAGCUCUUUAUCUGUGUCAAGAUAAAAUAGAACUCUGAGUCACUAAAGACCUUAUGCUUGGUCGCUUACCUGGUAAACUGUUUUUACAAGCUUUUAAUUACAAUGAAAACAAAGCCUCAAACUAACAUAACCAUUUAGUCCUCCCUCUUUCAAGGCUGUGCAUUAUAGUAAGUAGGGUGAGCGGAGUGUGAUUCAAAAGUGAAACGCUUGUGAAGGAACGCAGAACUGAUGGCCUCUUCUGAGUUAUGUCUUGUGUUCCAUCUUCUAUGUUGAGAUAUACAUGCAGUUAUCAUAUUUCUGUAAUCCUUGUGUGCAUUAAUAAAUUGUAUUACUUGCUUUCUUUGAACGAGUGUGCCUCAGUUACAUUGAUAAAAUUAUAAUGGCCAGAGACCCCACUUACAGAGAAAUGGAAGGA